AUGUCAACUUUAGAAAUUAAGUCAACCGAUAAGGUCUGGUAUGUUACUGGAGCUUCAAAGGGAAUCGGGUUGGCGAUAGUCAAGAAACUGUUGACCUAUGGAUUCAAAGUGGUUGGUACAUCGAGAGAUAAACAACAGUUGAUCGAUGCUGUCGGUACACUUGGAGAGAACGAUCGUUUCUUGGCGGUAACAGUAGAUUUGGUGAACGAAGAGAGUGUCAAGCAAUCGUUGAACGAUGCACUCUCGAAAUUCGGAAGAAUCGACGUUGUUGUGAAUAACGCUGGAUUCUGCAUCUCUGGUGCUUUGGAGGAGAACACUGACAAAGAUGUUCGUGCCAACUUUGACACCAACGUAUUCUCUGUAUUCAACGUUCUUCGUAAUGUUUCGCCAAUCUUGAGAAACCAACAAUCAGGAUAUGUAUUCAGCAUCUCCUCGGUUGGUGCUCUCAAAGGUGUCCUAGGUCAUAGCACAUACUGCGCUACCAAGUUUGCUCUCGAUGGAUUGACAGAAUCCUAUGCUCAAGAGGUUAAACCAUUCGGUAUUAAAGUGACCACUGUCAAUCUUGGUUCAUUUAGAACCGGUAUUUUAGGUGCUGAAGUUUAUAAACCAACUAAAAAGAUUGAGGCAUACAAACAAGUUCAUGGUGCAUUGGAUUACAUUAUCAAUCAAUAUAGUGGUAAGCAAACAGGUGAUCCAUCGAAAAUAUUGGAUAUUUUAAUUAGAGUCUAUGAAGCAGAGGGUGACGAUACCAUGCAUUUGUUUGUCACUCCAGAAGCAAACAAAUUGGUUGUUGCUAAAACUGAAUUGUUGCUCAAAGAUCAGAAACGAUGGGAAGAGUUCACCACAAAAACAGAGAUUGAAUCAUCAGCUGGAGGUCCAAGCUCGCAAAAUGUACCUGAUGCAAUAUUCAGUUUUGUACAUGAACUAACAGAGCACUAUUUGAUCAAUCAUCGAGAUCUCUAUUGGUAUAAGCGACCAGAGGUAUACCGAUGGGAUCAAUUGUGUGAUCGUCCUAACCAACUCGUUAGAUAUGGAUACGUUGAUACAUUUUUAGAGAGGCUGAAUCAAUAUGUUGAAGGUGGAACAAUGACAUAUGUAGUUAGAGAUAAGUAUGCGAGUUGUUAUUAUGAUGCUCUACAAACACACAAUCUAGAGGUAUUGAAAUCUGUUAUUCCACGAUUCAACGAUCUUAUAUCAAAACAAGACAAUGUGAUAGUGCAUGCUGUUUUCUCGGGCGAUUUGGAAUGUGUAAAGUAUCUAAGUUGCAACGGGUAUCCUCCCAGCAAUAAAGCAGUUAACAUUGCAUUGAACAGAGGCAACUUUCCAAUAAUCAAAUAUUUCAUUGGUGAACUUGGAUUGAAAAACGAUCAAUUUAUGGACAUUCCUUGCACCAGAGGAAACUUGGAAAUUGUAAAGUAUAUUCACGAUAAUAAUGCAGGAUGUACUGCCUCUGCUGUUGACAUUGCAUCGUCCAAUGGUCAUCUGGGAAUUGUCGAAUUCCUCUUGCAAAACAGAAGCGAAGGCUUUACAAGAGAAGCCGUCAUCAAAGCAGCAUCAUUUGGAUAUUUUGAAAUCAUCAAACAACUUUGUACUGUACGACCAGACAUUGUUAAAGAAACCAAAAUUGCAAGAGCAGCAUCCGAUUACGCAUAUGAAAAUGGUUAUGGAGAAAUCUAUGAAUAUCUCUUAAACUUUGGAAAAGAAUCUGAAUUAAAAGAACAAGAUAUUCUUGGCAGCUAUUUAGAAAAUCAAUAUAAACAAUAA